AUGCGUUGGUUACACGUGCAGAAGAUUGUUGGGCAGCAUGAGCAGCGGGCAAGAGCUGUGCCACCGGCUAAGAACCGAGAGUCGGCACCUGAGAGAAAUGGAAUGGAUAUUGGCGAAUACGGCAGCGCGGGGGUACUGGCAGCUAUUGGCUACACCGAGAUAGGGACAACGGCUCCCGCCUCCUUUGAUUCUAAUGGCUAUGGGGCCUACUAG